GUUCUGCGGCUCCAUCUAAGCCACAUUGACGACAUGAACUGCAAUCUGCUGGUGAAACACCUUUUGGCCCACCCGACCCUGACGGAGCUCGACCUUUCUCACAACGUGAUCAGAGACGCCGGCGCCAGAGCUGUCGGCAAGCUGCUCAACAAGAGUAAAUUGAUGGUCCUGAACAUGUUUGACAAUGAGAUCACAGACCCCGGGGCAGAAGCUAUAGCUCAUGCCUUGUCUAAGAAUUCCACUCUUGUGUCACUUAACCUGUGUCUUAACCGCCUGGGAGACAAGGGAGGUCAAGCCAUAGGUAAUGCCUUGCUUAACAACAACACCCUACGUCACCUGAACCUGGGAGCCAAUGAGGUGACAGGCCCCACCGCUAUCACUCUGUCUAAAGUGAUAGCUCAGAAUAACACGCUGAGGAGCAUCAAUCUCUAUGGCAACAACCUUGGCGAGGAUGGAGGUAAAGCUCUAGAGGAGGCAUUGUCUCACAACACCAGCGUGACGGAGUGUGAUAUCCGCCUGACCGAGAUUGACGAGCAGAUUGUGUCCGCUAUCAACCAGGUGGUUCUGAAAAAUCAGGUUUUAGGAACAGGAGGAAUCAGCUGGAUAGACUGAAAUAAAGUAGAAAUGGUCAGAUCUUCUUUCUACACAUCAGUCUUAAUUAUUGAUUCCUGGCCAUGUAUUUAUUCAAAUCACUGUUCAGCCACAUUUAACCAAAUUUGAUAUAAAACACAAGAGUAACUGGCCACUAGAUGUAGAGUCAAGCCUCUAGUGAGGCCAUGAACUCCACUUCCUCCAUGUUAGCAAAUGGGACAUGUACCAAAGUCGAAAUACAUGUUAAAUAAAUUUUUCUCAAAGAUGAUUUGUCAUUUUAAGUAGUUAUUAUCACACUGAAUGUCCAAGUGCUUAU